AUGAGUUCAAAUACAACUGAUAUUGAUGUGACGCUUGUCGAUUAUUUUGCCGUUGCCGGUUACGACCCAGAUAUAGGACUUGUGGUGGACACUAAAUAUGAUCCUGGCCAUACACCAUGCGAAUCCCCUGGAAGUUCUGCUCCAGAAUUCCGGCCGCCUCUUCAACGAUCUUUUGUCGCCAAAAUAAUCAACCAUUUCCCUCAACGAAGGCCUGGAAAUCCAUUUUCUGACGAUAUUCUUCAUUUAUGUAUGCCGAGAGGUCUCCGGUUUUACACCGAAAAAGAUGUUCCAAAAAAGCUAAUGAUUCACACAUUUGCAAAUAUCAAGGAGGAUGGCUCGCGAAUAAAUGGAACUGCUUUAACGUUUUACGAAGAAGUCAAAGAUUUAGCGAUUUGUGAUGCAAUGGCUCAAUUACAACAGGAUCAUGUCAGAGAGAUCACUGCAAGGCAUAAUGGAAUUAUUGAAAAGCAACAAAGAAUACAUCAUCCACCGGGAACUGUUUCAGGAGGUACUCAUACAUUACCAAGAAAUCGGAGAGAUCGAUCAAAACGAAUUUCCUAUUAUGAAGGUGGAGGACACAAUUCGCUAUACAUGUCACGUACAAUCUGUGUGCUCUCUCGCCUUCCUCUUGUCAAUUCAACGCGUGCUCUUUUAACUGCACUGCAUCAGAUUAUUGCAUCCCCUUCAUCACCUCAUUUACCUCUGGAAUCUUACAUUUACUGGUGCCUCUACGAAGUUCCCCUUCCAUCGCCUAGCAUGACAUUAAAGAUUCCGUUACUCGGCACAACACUUGUUGUUCAAAGGCCUGGACCGAAAGAACUUCCAUUUUUCGAUGACUCAAUUGGAAGUAUAUUCGAUUAUCUUCCUGUCGAAAAGUUUAUUCGGCUAUUCUCCUGUUUUCUGUUAGAACAUCAAAUAUUACUAUGUUCGAAGGAUCUUUCUCGAUUGAUGACUGUCUGUGAAUCCUUACUUGCUCUUUCAUUUCCAUUUCGAUGGCAAAUGACAUAUGCUCCCGUUCUACCAUACUCAAAACUUGAUUUUUUCGAAGCUCCAGUACCAUAUGUAAUGGGAUGGUAUUAUGAAGACACGGUUCCCGAGGAGUUAUUUCAAAGCAAUGUUUGUGUAGUAGAUUUAGAUACGGGAAGAUCCGAAUUACCAGAAGAUGUUCCGGUUUUUCCCGGUGCUCGGCAACUUGCAACUGAUAUUAAAAAUUCACUGGAAAGGUUGAGUGACAGUGAUAAAAUGCUCACAUCGACAUUAGACCGUAGUGAGCCGGAAGAAGUUGUAGUUGGCGGAGUUAAAAUGAGAAGAAAAAACAAAAGACCAGAAGAUUGGGCUGCAAAACGAAUGAGUAGAUCGUUUGAUUUGGAAGAUGGAAGUGCAAUGAGCGAGGAAUUAAGUGGUAUGAUGCGAAGACCCUCUCGUACUGGUUUACAACCACUUCCUCUUGAAAAUGUUCUUCGAAAUAACUCGACGCUCGCAAGAGUUGCUGAGAUUGCUCGACGAGCCGGAGUUGUUGUAGACGUGGAUAACAUCAAAUCAGAAUUUGCUGAUGCUCAGAAUCUGGACUCACCUAUCGCGCGACACUAUUUUGUGGAUGCCAAAGUGAACAAUGCAAUCCGUGAAUGUGUUCUCAAUCGAUUCGUUGAAAUGUUUUAUUCCUAUGAGCACUUUGUUAUUGGAGGUCAAGGAUGUGAUGAUCGAGAAUCUUAUGAAGCAAAUCGGGAGAGUAUGGCUGAUUUUGACAAAGCAUCAUUUCUAUCUGAUCAACCUGACAGUCAUCUCACUUUUCUUGCUGCUUUUCUGGAGACACAGAUGUUCACUUCAUUCAUUGAUUCUAAAAUUCUUUCUCAAUGGGAAACACCAGAUGAAGGUGUUGUUCUGUUUGAUUCAAGAAUUUCUGCAAUGCGUGAUCUUCUUGGUGUUUCAAUUGUUCGUACACCAACAUAUGAAGCAACACCUCCUUUCGCUGCAACAGAAGAUUUGAUUUCAAAACGAGAAGAAACAACGGAUUACGUAGUUCCGGUCCCUCAUACUCUUGCUGGUGCAUUUCCAGUUCGGUAUGAGGGAGCAUGGCCAGUACAUCAACUGAACACAACUUUACUUGACGGUGCAAACCUUAUCAGUCCAGCUCCAUCUCCAUGGCGUCAACGAUAUCCAAGACUUCGUUCUCAAAAAGAUGGUUCAAAUGGUAAUUCAGGGCAAUCCGUUCGACCGACAAGUGUAUAUGGAGGUGCUGGACUAAUGCAAGUAGAAUCAAGCAAACAGAUUGCACAGCAACAAUAUGCAUUUGUACAGCAAUUGUUGAAAGAAACUAAAGCAAAAACGAAGAGGAUGCUUGUUGAUAAAAUGGGAAAAGAGGCAGUUCAAUUGGGUCAUCUUGAUGCUGGAAUUACCGGUGUAGAAGAGAACACACUGGUUGCUUCAUUUUGUGAUCUUUUAGAGAGAAUUUGGGCGCAUGGUCUCAAAAACAAACAUGGAAAAUCAUCACUUUGGAACUUUGUUCUGCAACAUCAAGAUUUUGAAAAGCCUGGAUUAACAACAAGAGCAUCAUCUACAUCUAUGCUCACUCCAGCCAUUCGCGGAUUUCGUGCACCAUCCCUUCCACCUGCUCCUCAGUCAACUCAUAAUCGACGUGGCGGUGCUCCAAUUGAUGAAGUUCCUGCUCCAAUCAUAUUAUCUCCUCAAAAUAAUACAGAUAUGCUCACAGCUAUCAGUGAUAUCGUUGAUUCAUUUCGUGGAGCACAAGAAGAACCAUGGAGCAAAUCACUACUUCGUGCAGCUACUUCAAUUGUGGAAAAAUACAAGAAUAUAGAGAAGGAUUCAAAUGGAAAUCCAUUAGAAACCAAUUCAACAUUACCAUCUCGUUAUCCAAUUACUCAUCCUUCAAUUGCUCGUGCUCGCAACCAAUCUGUCGAACCGUUUGGUUUACAAAUUUCAGGCAAAAGCAUGAAGAAGUCUUCUAGUAUUGGUGAUUUCACUAAUCCAGCAUGGGGUGGUUCUCAAACGGAUGUCUCGAAUCUUGGAGGAUAUGCAAGUGUGGAAGGAUCUCCACGCAAAAUGAGAUCGCAAAGCAGGACUAGGAGUCCAGAUGGAGCGAGAGUUGUUCUGUCACCUUUGCCAACUCAUGUUGCCUAUGAUUUGAAAAACGUUCUCCGAAUGACAGAAAUCAAGACUGAUAUUGGAUAUGCUCGUGCAUUUGUUCGAUUGGCUCUUGAACGAAAACUUUUACAUAAACACUUGGGCGCCCUGCUCAGUAAUUCCCGUGUUCUGAGAGAGCUCUACAAACCGUAUGCAUUUGUUGGCAGUGACGAGGAAAAAGAGCAAUUCUUGUUCCAUAUUCUCUCUUUGAAUGCAGCUCAAUUCAGAUGUUUUACGAACACAUUCACCAAAACAAAAAUGGAUUACCAAGUUGUCAUCGUAACUGGAUCUGGUCGUGGAGCAAUUCCUGCAAUUUGGGUUACUGUAGAAGGAAGUCUCUGCUCAACUCCACCAAUUAUGCUCAAGCCAAACACGCCUCUAUUCAAAUUUGAUCACAAAAAUCUCGGAAUUCUAUCAACACUUCGAAUUGGUCAUCAACAAAGUGAAAAGCCUGUCCAAUGGUUCCUAGAAUAUGUAUUGGUACGAAAUGAGAUAACUGGUCAAACAUACAAGUUCCCAUGCUCGAAAAAAUUUGGAGAAGAUCGAUGGUUUGGUAAUGGAGAAGAUAUUACUCUGGAGAGAAUGUUAGUUGCGGAACCAUUUGUUGAAUAUGAUGGAAAUGAUAAUGGAAUAAUUGAACAAGGAGAACCAUUCUCUCCAGCAAGAACUCGUAGGAUGAGCUCUAGAAGCCAAACACCGCAGAGGGAGCGAAGUCCAUCGAAUGGUCGAAUGGCAGAAUCUAGUUCAAGGAAUAGAAAGACAAAAGUCAGUGAGGUUGAGCAUCUUCUUGGUGAAGCAGUAAAUGCCCUGGUCAAGUAUUUCUGCUCAGAACGAAAAGUGAAAAGCGAGUUAGCUCACUUGUUGUGUGGACAGAAAGGUCUCGUGCUGGCAAUUGAACAAGCAUUCCAGCUGGGUAGACAAGAAUCUCUACUCAAAUAUUUUAGAAACACUUGUCCGUGGGAUUAUAUUGAACGAGUAUGCUCAUGGUUUUUCGAACUCUGCAGGAAAAAAGAAGUUGACAAGUUACCAAAAGAGCAGAAGACAAUGAUUCAUCAUGCAUUGAGAUUAUAUCGAAAGAUCGACGCAAAGACGUCCCUCGGCAAAGACGGAAAAUUCCACGUGUUUGUGCUUCUCUCCAUCAGAGAUCAUAUUCUUCCUGGACUGCUUCCAUUAAUGCGAUACUCCCCUGUAACCGCCGACAUGUACAAUGAACCAUCAUUUCUUCGAACUCCUGCUCAUAUGACUUAUUUGGCUAAAUUGAUGUACUCUUUAUCAGAGUUUAACAUCACAAUUGAUCCAAGUCUCACUUAUGGAAUAUCCUAAUAUGUUCUCUUUGUUUUAUAUCCUUUCUAGUUUUGCAUUAGGUUCACUUUUGAGCUGAUUAGUUUGACGCAUUUUUCUUCCCGGUUUCAAAUGUUUUCCUUUUUCUGUAUUUUUGUCAUCCCUCUUACUGGGUCCUAUUUCCCCGUCUCUACAUUUUCUCAGUGCCAACACAUUCUUGAGUUCUUUGCGUUUUCAGCAAUAGUCAUGACAAUUUAAUUUCGUUUUGUCAAACAAUCUUGCUUUUCGUGUGCUUUUCCAUAUUAUUGUUUUCUCUUAAAAUCUAUCAGCCUGACCGUUAAAAUUGCCAUAAUUGUGUCCUUCAUUCUUGUGAAUAACCUCUGAAUUUUUUCCCAUUUCUACAUACGUUCUCACCUCUUUUUCCUGUUUUUCUUCUUAUAGUUUGUAUAUAAAUGACAAAUAUUUAUACAUUUCC